UCUGCUGAGACGCCGGUCCACUGCAUGGAGCCGGAAGGCGCAUGGUAGCGCAGGGAGGGCGGCAGGGGCCUCCGGGAGACACCACAGCCUUUCAACUUGACUAACUCCACCAAGACUGAUGGAUCUGAAGAGAGUGCUGUCCUUUCCUCCAUACCCUGGGGGAUACCUACAUCCAGUGGUGUAUGCCUGCACUGCAGUCAUGCUGCUCUGUCUGCUCGUCUCCAUCAUGACCUACUUUGUCCACCACAGCGUGAUUCGCAUCAGCAGGAAUGGCUGGCACACACUCCUCAACUUCCUCUUCCAUACUGGACUGACAUUUGGAGUUUUUGCUGGCGGCAUCAAUCAGAUCAACUUACCCUUUGUGUGUCAGAUUGUUGGUAUUGUACUCCACUAUGCUUCUUUGUCUACCAUGCUGUGGCUGACGUUUACUGCUAGAAACAUCUGUAAAGAUGUGUCCAAAGACCCGCUUCAAGCCCAGGACAGGAAUGCACCAGCCCAGACUCGCACCAAGCCAACUAUCCUCAGAUUUUAUCUUGUAAGUGAUGGAAUUCCCCUCAUAAUUGUUGGAAUUACAGCAGCAUUUGGUAUGGAUAACUAUGGCAGCAGGGAUGAUGCUUUAUAUUGCUGGAUGGCGUGGGAACCAAGCCUGGGGGGGUUCUACGCCCCCAUGAGUCUUCUGGUCUUAGUCAUGUGUGUGUACUUUUUGUGCACCUACAUCCAGCUGAAGCGCCACCCAGAGAGGAAAUACGAGCUGCGGGUUCUGAGAGAGGAGCAGCAACAGUUGGCAUCGAACGAAUCAAACCACCACUGCCAAACUGAGAGCGGGGGAUCAUCAGGGCCGACUGGGGACUGUCCGCCAUUUGCUGCAGGUGUAUCGGUACUGGCCAAUGAGCAUUCGUUUAAAUCUCAGCUCCGGGCCACAGCCUUCACCCUGUUUCUGUUCCUGGCUACCUGGGCUUUGGGGGCAUUGGCGGUAUCACUGGGGCAUUUUCUGGAUAUGAUAUUCAGCUGUCUGUAUGGGGCUUUUUGUGUCACUCUGGGACUCUUUCUUCUCAUCCAGCAUUGUGCCAAACGUGAUGAUGUGUGGCACCGUUGGUGGGCUUGUUGCCCAUCCAAGUCCAAGACAGAUGACGGGAAUGGGGACGGACAGAGCCAAAGGCAGGUGCUCCAUCAGCCACACUGCCACCUGAACCCCCCAUUCUCAGGCAAGCAGUCGCUGCUUUCUCCUCACCUUAUGCAAAGUCCUUUCCACAAAAUGACACCGCCUCCCCAGAGCCCGACACCGAAUCACACAGCCCCAUGCUGUUUGGCUGUGAUGAGCCCCGUCACCGCAUCCCCCAUCACACCCCUCAUCGAGCCAGUGCCCUCACCACGGCCGCAGUCACUUCCCGAUGAGCUCCCUCGUCCAACUCUUCCCCUACAGAGCUGCCUUACUGACAGAACAAAGUCACGCUCCUUUAACCGCCCACGCCCGUUACUCAAGGACUACCAUUCCCACAUGACCUCCACUAGUAUGGAUGGGAGUGUGCACAGCUCUCACCUGGACAGCCCUCAUGCUGCACACCACCUAGACGGCUCACCACUGGUUUCCAGCAGCCCGCAUCCGGAUCUCCAGCUUGCCUGUCCCAGCCCUCAAUUGGACAAUCAGCUGGCUUCGUGCCACAGCCUGCAACGCCAGACGUCCUGCCACAGCGUGCAAGAGUCAAUGGCUUCCUGCCACAGCCACGCCCACAACAUGCAUGACAGCAUCACGUCCUGUCACAGCCUACUUCUGCCUUCUCAUGGGGUUCACACAUGCCAGUGGCGCAUGUACAGCUCAGCCGACCACUCGUCCAGCGCAAGCUGUUGUGAGAAGUCCGAUCCCUUCACCUUGCAAUACCAGCAAGACCCUGACAUUUACAGUUGCAUGUCAAAAACAGCAGACCAAGAGAAAGACAGCCUCAGUGUAGAGGUGGAGCAUAAAGGUUUCCCAAGAAAUACCCUGCCACGGCAUGCCACUAUAGGUCGGCGGGGCGCCAUUGGGCGAAACAGGAGCCUGCAAGAAGAUGGCCUGUUUGGUUCAGAUGCCACAGGAAACAUACGGACUGGCCCUUGGAAGAAUGAAACCACGGUAUAGUUUUUUUCUAUACUUGGAACAGCCAGGCCUUCCAGCAGCCCUGUAUUUGGAUUACUUUGUAAGUGUUUGAGUUUCCUUGCCUUCAGCUUUGUCCUUAAAUCACAGGUUGAUUUUUUUUUUGUGAAUUUCCAUACCCCCAUUGAUAUUUCAGAUCCCUUUAUGGCAAAGUUAACUUUAAAGAUGUUACAACACAAUUUUUACAAGGAACAUUUAAACAGAGGAAACGUUCAAUCAAUGCUGAACUAUUAUUGUGCUCCAUGAUGUUUAAAGUUGCAGUCAGUGUUGUUAUGGACCUUCAGGGCCACAGUUGCUCAGUAAUUAGCAAUGUUACAACAAGAGUCGGAACAAUGUCAGUUUCAGUUGAGGCCUUUUCUUUGUGUGGAGUUUUCUUUACGUUAAUGUCAGUUCUGUUUCACAUUCCUCCUACAGUCCAAAGACUUGCAGGACAGGUAAAAGCAGUAGGACAUAUACCUCAAUUCAGCCUCCAUUAUUUCAUUUGUGUAAAUAAAAUAGCAGACCCAAUCUAAAAGGGACUGCAGAUGACCUUUUUACUGGAACAAACCCAAAAGUUGUGUCUACAGUAGAGCUGAUUUUACUUCAAUUUGUUUGAGUAUCAGAGAGAUAGAUGUAGAAACCUAAAUACAACAACAACUCAGCAGUACACAAACCACUGAUUGUUGCAAUCCAAUGAGUCUACACUGGGUUGUAGAUUGAGUAAUUCUGUCUGCUCUGGAAUGCCCAGAGUCCCAGAUCCUGGGGCAGAUCUCAGUUAUUAUGAUUAUCACAAGGACCUGUGAAGAUCUCUGUUCUGCCAGUGCCCUUGAAGAAGGAAAUGUGAUUUUCAACAUAAUUACCUCCGCCAAGGAGGUUAUGUGACACCCGGCGUCUGUCUGUCUGUCUGUCUGUUAGCAAGAUAACUCAAAAACGCCUGGGCAGAUUCACAUGAAGUUUUGAGGGGAUGUAGACUAUGGUAAGAGGAAGAGCUGAUUUAAUUUUGGUGGCAAUCCAGAAAGAAUCCUGGAUUCUGGAUCACUUUGAAUUUUUUAGUAUGUUUUAGUAUGUGGUCCAAAAUAGGACAAAAACACCAUAGGUUAGUAUGUCGUCCAACAAAUUGGAACAAGGUGUCCAGGUAGCUCCACUGGUUAAGAAGGUGAUUUGUAAACAGAACUGUGUCAGAGAUGCAGGUUUGAUUCCAGCUCAUGAUCCUUUAUUGCAUGGGUUUCCUGUUUUCCUCUCUAUCCUUGGCGGAGGUCUGCACUCUCUGAGUGCUUUUUCUAGUUUCUAUUGCCAUUUGGCCAACUCCAAGUUGCUCUGAGUACUGAAAGGAUGAUGACACCGAAUUCAAAUAUACCCAAGCACAACUAGACUCUAUCCAAAAUGUGGUUGCCAUGAAACAGAAACUGAGAGAGGAAAGACAAAUCUCCUAAACUGACGGCAACAUGAUUCACCAGCAGUUAUACUUAUCUUCAGAUUAGACAGUAUAAUUUGGACCUAGCCUGGCACAAGAACUAUAGUUGCAAAGAAAUACUCUGCUGGGAUCUGGAUUUGAAGUUUAACAGACCAUGUGCAGUGCAGUGUUUCCCACUCAAAAAUAUACUUUCACAUUUUCUGUAUCAUUGAUUUAUAAUUCAUAAAAGAAGCAGAGCCAGAAUAAUGUUCUAUAUGCCCACAUAAAUCCUGCAAGAGGAGCUGUUUUUUCUUUUUGUAGUAAUUCCCUGUGUCCAUACUAACUAAUUCCUAAGAGAGACACAAUUCACAGCCCUUGCUGUGUGCAAAACACACUUCCAAAGUCUAUUUCAAGAUCAUUUGGGCUUUCAAGUUAGUUGUAGCCAUUUAAGGGGACAGCAGAUAGAUCCCCCAGCACUUAGACUGGAACUGCAUUAGAAGGGGACCUCCUAUUGUACCGUAAACAGCAGGAAGAGCUGCUUCAUUGUUGAUUUGGGCACCUAGCUUUAAAGAAAAUGUGACCCUACCCUUUAAGAUUGCAAACAGAUCUCAAAAGUCCACAAGCGGAUCAUUAAGGUUUUAGAGAAACUGUUGUGCACAUUGAGAGUUUUAAAGAGUUUUCAUCAACAGCUGCAAAGCCCUGUUCAUGUACAGUAUUAUGCAAAGAGGCAGAAAGAUAUUAUUGAUUGCACCUUUGAAUACUUGGAUUGAUCCAUUUUUAAAAGAUCUAUAUUUGUUAAUGUUACAUUUCUAAUCGAAUUUUCACAAUAUUAUUUUAAUCAGAGUGGUUAUACAUCUGAAAACACAUUUGAAACCGCGUGAGCAUGUGUGUGUUUUUUUAUGUGUGCAACAGUGCAUGAGUAGUGUGUUUGUGCUAUAUGUGUGUGUUGUUAUGGAUCCACCCCUGCAGAAUUUUAUGAAUAUCUUGAUAAAUAUUAAUUUAUGACA